CUUCACCUCGUACAAUUACCAUCUUCACAGCUGCCGUUAUUGACUGUCGAAAACUGGUGAUUCUCAGUUCUUCCGCUGAACUAUUUCCUCCGGAGAAGAUAUUAUAAUCACUUGGGUUAUCUGCUCUGAAUAGGAAUUUGUCGCCGAUGUCCUGGACUCCUGGUUUUUUAUUCGCAACCGCCGACCAGAUUGCUUCAAUGUAAAUCGCAUCUUCGUGCAAGAAGUCAACGUGUAUUCAUACGGAAUUAGAAGCUUUCCUUCCACUUGAUGAUAUCAAUAUCACAAAGCUUCUUCCCCAAUCAGCCGGAUCCUUCUUUCUAGUUUGAUUGAAUUGAGGAAGAAGAAGCCAUAUAUGGGUCAAGCUCAGAGCGAGCAUUCAGUAGCUGCUUGUUCAGAGGAGACGCAAGUCAAGACUCAAGGUUCCUCCCCUGCUACUUCCAUGGAAUCUCUCGUAGCAGAAGCUGCAGCUUAUGGCGAUUCUGCUGCCGAGAAUGAGUCUCCAGAUUCCAAGGCUGAGAAGGCACUGGAGUGCCCAUGCAUAAGUGAGCUACGAAAUGGCCAGUGCGGGGCUCAAUUUUCCGAUGCUUUCCUUUGUUUUCUCAAGAGCACUGCUGAGGAGAAGGGAUCAGAUUGUGUGCACCCAUUUGUGGCCCUGCAGAAUUGUAUCAAGGUGAACCCUGGGGCAUUUUCAAAGGAUGUUGUAGAAGAAGAAGGGGACGAGGUGAAGAAAGAGGAAGAGCCAGUGAAAUAUAGGAUCAGCCCUCCUUCAUGGGCAAGAGAUAAAACGCCUUCUAGCCCAAAGUCAAAGCUGUAAGAAGAGCUGAUAUGAGAUGAGAGUAUAGUUCCAUGAGCAUCACUGUUGGAAGAAAGAAGGUGCAACCAUUCUUUCCACCUAGGAUUAGUUUAGUUCAUUGCUAAAGUCAAUCAAAGUCAGAUGGACGACUCAGGCGGGGCUUAAUUGGGGUUUGAUCAGGUUUCAUGUCAUGUCAGUAUGUUCAUUUCUCGAUGUUGUUAGAGAGUUCACUCAUGUAGUAAUUUGGAUGAUGACUUGCAUAAUUACCAGGGCGGUAGCAACCCUUGGGUGGCCUCAGCUCCCCGAGAAUCUUGAAAGUUACUUGAAAGUUACGUAUAAAAAAAUGCUCGGUAUUAUAAAUAUAAACGUUAAUAAUAGGG